UAUGUAUGAGAAGUACACCUUGAAGUUUAAUUCUCCUCCAGGUCGCAGGUGGCGCUAUUGAGCAAAAAUAAAUGGAGCCAGGAGGGCGAAGAAGAACAUGGUCGAUGGAAAUCUACAGAAUGAACUCGAUUUGAUAUUUGGGAGUCUGGUGUGUUAUCAGGUGUCAUUAAGAGAUUUUCCCCCAUCAUGUCGCUGUCAGUGAUAAUAAAGUGGGGAGGACAGGAGUACUCCAUCAGCGCUUUGUCCGAAGACGACACCGUGCUGGACCUGAAACAGUCCAUUAAAUCUCUCACGGGAGUCCUGCCCGAACGCCAGAAACUGCUGGGUUUAAAGAUCAGAGGUAAACCGGCUGACGACGGCACGAAGCUCGGCCUGCUGAAGCUUAAACCCAACACCAAGAUUAUGAUGAUGGGCAGCAGAGAGGAAAGUCUGGAAGACAUCCUGGCUCCUCCUCCUGAAAGCGACGAUGUCAUCAACGACUUUGACAUCGAAGAGGAGGUGAUCGAGGUGGAAAACCGAGAGGAGAAUCUGGCUAAGAUCGCACGCCGUGUCAAAGAGUACAAGGUGGAGGAGUUAAACCCACCCAGAGAGGGGAAGAGAUUACUCGUGUUAGACGUCGAUUACACGCUGUUCGACCACAAGUCGUGUGCCGAGACGGGGCAAGAGCUCAUGAGGCCGUUCCUCCACGAGUUCCUCGCGUCCGCGUACGAAGACUACGACAUUGUCAUCUGGUCUGCAACAAGCAUGAAGUGGAUCGAUGCCAAAAUGAAGGAGCUGGGUGUGUCGGAUAACUCCAACUACAAGAUCACCUUCAUGCUGGAUAGUGGAGCCAUGAUCACAGUUCACACACCUAAGAGAGGCGUGGUGGAGGUGAAGCCGCUCGGAGUGAUCUGGGGAAAGUACGGCGAGUUUUACAACCGAAAGAACACCAUCAUGUUCGACGACAUCGGGAGGAACUUUCUCAUGAACCCACAAAAUGGACUGAAGAUCAGACCGUUCAUGAAGGCGCACUUAAACCGAGAGAGAGACAAGGAGCUUCUCAAACUGUCUCACUACCUGAAGGAGAUCGCCAAGCUGGACGACUUUUCAGCUCUCAACCACAAGCACUGGGAAAGGUACCUAUCAAAGAAGCAGAGCCAGUGAAGUAGCUGGAGAGUUCAUCCUCAAGAACACGUGAUGCUGGAUACCCGCAAGGUGUCACCAAAUAACUUCCUGCCAUCUCUCUCUCUCUCUCUCUCUCUCUCUCUCUCUCUCUCUCUCUCUCUCUCUCUCUCUCUCUCUCCGUGCUCGAUCCAUCUCAGAAGGGAAAAGGACUUGAAACACUCACCUUUACAGUUACACAGGUGUGCUGAAUAAACGAGCAGAAACACUCAUCACUCUGAGCCACCGAACAGAACCGUCUCGGAAAAGGGUACAUUUAAUAAAUAAUAAAGUCUUGCUCGGUGCAGGUAGAGUUCCAUCCACAGACCCACAAAUAUUCUUUGCACUUGUUCAUGUUUUUGAGAAAAUAUCUCUUAUUAAUGUGACGUUUCUCUUACGUGUUUAAGAAGCGGCGUGUGCUUUUUUUUUUUGUGUGUGUGUGUGUGUGUAAUGGCCUGGGCAAAGCUUUUUACACGGUCACAGGUGACAUUUAAACAUCUCCGACAAAACGGAAAACGUGAUAGAAAAUUAAAGAACACGACGAGGAGGGGAAAAAAAACAAAACACCGAAACUCUAAAGCGUGACCACGACAAAACGGAAAACACGGCGACAUCAAAACGGGAAACACCACGGCGAAAAACACGGCCAGGACAGCACAGAAAAAACACCACGUCAAAACAACACACACGACGACAGGCCGGAACAGCAAAACUGAAAACACCGCGACGGCAAGGUGCAAAACACGACGACAACACGCAAAACAGACAUCACGACAACACGCAAAACAGACAUCACGACAACACGCAAAACACGACGACAAAACAAGACGACGAACAACAAAGCUGACCGAUACAGCAGAGCUAAGAACACGACAAAAAUAAAAACAGCAAAUCAGAACAUGAUAGCAACAUUUAAAAAUGAAACAUGCAAUAAUCUCUCUCUCCCCCUCCCUCUCUCUCCCCCUCCCCCCCCUCCCUCUCUCUCCCCCUCCCCCCCCUCCCUCUCUCUCCCCCUCUCCCCCUCCCUCUCCUCUAUCCCCCCUCCCUCUCGUCUAUCUCCCCCUCCCUCUCGUCUAUCCCCCCCCCUCUCCUCUACCCCCCCUCCCUCUCCUCUACCCCCCCUCCCUCUCCUCUAUCUCCCCCUCCCUCUCCUCUAUCCCCCCCCCCCCCCUCCUCUAUCUCCCCCUCCCUCUCCUCUAUCUCCCCCCCACCCCCCCUCUCGUUUUUUCCUCCAGAAACGAAGCUGGUUUUGACAUUUUUUUAACUGGGCAGUAAGUUCGUUACAGCCGGUAAACAGAGGACAGGGAGUAUCUUAACGGUUUACAUAAAUACUGUUUGUGGUAUUUAUUUUUGACUUAUUUAAGGAUUUGUUUACAGUGUGUUACCUUCGUGUUGCCCGUGUUGAGCGUUGAUUCUAACCCAGUGGCUUUAGUUUGGCAGAAAAUGAUUCACAAGAGCAAAAACUUCAGAGUUGUUUUUUUAUACGUUGUUUCCGUGUAUAUAGUGAUAUGAACUCGUGUAACCUCAAGUCGCUUCCUGUCCUCUCGUGGUAUUUUUUUUUUUUUUUUUUUUUUUUGGUUUAUUCCAACAACACUGACAUGAGCUAUGAGCGUAUGGAUGCAACUCGAGUUUAAAUAAAUAAAAACGUAAGAAAAAGAA